AUGACAGAAAAGAUUAAAUCACUUUUUCAUAAGGCAAAGUUGGACGUGAAAUUUAUGAAUGCUGGAAAAGGACACAAGUAAUGUUUAUGAUAUUAACUUAACUAAUUAAUUCCAAUACUUGUUAUUUGAAUUACUACUGAAUCUUAUGUUCUAAAUUUCAUAUACAUCUUAGCUAUUAAGUUGAUUAUCAUUAAUAUAGAUAUUAUAGUUUUGAUUCAAAAUUAUUUUAUACAGAUUGACGGAAUCAACUAGCAAUGUUGGAUCUACUUCCAUAGUAGAGCCAAGAAAAAGAGUGGAACCUACAAAAGAAGCUAAAGUAGCUGGUCAAGCAGCUUUAGCAAGGUUGGAAGCAAAAGAAUCUAAUGUAAAAAGAUUUAACACAUCAUAUGCAGCUAUUAAAGCACAAGUAAAACGAGAAUUAGAGCAAGAAAAACAAGCACAGAAAAACGUAAAAAAAAAUCAUGUGCAACCAGAAGAAAAAGCAGUUAAAGAUAAUUCUUCGUUAGCUGUUAGCUAUGUAUGCUACCGUUGUCCAUAUUUAUCUGAUGAAGUAUUACCGCAAGAUGAGUGGAAAGUAAAAAUAAAAGAAUUUUUAUACGAGCAAUUGAAAGGAGAAGAUGCAGGAUUAAUAUCAUGUUUAAUUAUACAAAAUUGCAACAAUAAAAAGAAAAGAAUUGAUACCUGUGUAGAUACACUUGGGAAAUACUUAGAAAAUAUCAUAAAUAAUCCAGAAGAAGAAAAGUAUAAGAAGAUAAGAAUGCAGAAUAGAGUAUUCCAAGAUAAAGUAAUCCCAAUUGAAGGUGCAUUAGAGUUUUUAAAUGCUGCUGGUUUUUGUCAAAAAAAAUUAAUGAAUAAUGAUAAGGAGGAGGAUUUUUUAGUCUGGAACGCUGAUAAUCGUGAUAUUGAAGAUUUCACCACAUUAUUGGAGGCACUAAAAACUGCACAGCCUAUCCCUUUGGAAUUAGAUCGAAAUCUUCAAAUAUUGUUACCCAUGCAAGCAAACAUGAGAACUGAAUUACCACCAAGCUUUUUCAAUUUAACUCCCGAGGAUAUAGGAAAAGAACAACAACUUCGGACUGAAGUACUUGAAAAAGAUCAAAUGUUAAGGACAAAAGCCAUGAAAGAAAGAGACGAAAAACAGAGGCUCAGAAAAUAUAAAUUUUCACUGAUUCGUAUAAAAUUUCCAGAUAAUCUUAUUCUACAAGGAACAUUUUCCGUACAUGAAAAUUUUCAAAAUGUUGUUAAUUUUGUUAGUGAAAAUUUGAUAAAUAAUGAGAGACCUUUCAGUUUAAAGAAGCUUCCUCAAAUAACAUUUAAUGAAGAUUGUUUUGAUAAAACAUUACUUGAAUUGGGAUUAUUCCCUGCUACUCUUUUGAUGUUUUUUUGGAAAAGUAUGUCUGAAGAAACAAGUCACAAUGAAUCUAUAGGAUACUUAAAAGAAGAAUUACUUUCUGUUAUACAACCUGCUUAAAUUUGUAAUAUUUGCUGUUUAUAAAUUGUAAUUAUAAAUAUUAAAAAAAGUAAAAAUAGAGACCAUUACGUGGCUUAUUUCUUUUGAUAUAAUAGAAACAAUAAAAAACAAUCAUAAUACAAAUAUUCAUUCCAAGUUUUAAUAAAAUAAUAGAAUUAUUUCUUAUUCCUUUUUUUAUCUUUUUUUCAAUAUUUGCGAAUAAAGUUUAUGUGAUUAUUAAAUUUAAAGUCAUUUUUAUCAGAAAAAUUUAUAUAAUGCUUUAUAAUAUAUGGAUAUACCGAUAUAUGAAAAUUUAAUAUAUAUAUUUAAUAUAUGAAAAUUUAGGCAUUUCACGCAGGCCUGUGAUGGAUUUUUAUUUUAUCAUUUAUAUAACAACUAGAAGUUUUUUCUCAAAAGAUAUAAAUAAACGAAAUAUACAAAUAAACUAAAUAGAUCCAGUACGUUUUUCCCGAAGGUUAAUCUUCUAAAAUUAGUAAAUGUUACCAAUAAUUUCAAUUAAAAUCUGUAGGUUGAUUUUAAAUUGACAUUAAUUUGAAAUUUGAUUACUGCAUAUAUAGAGAUCUAUAUAUUAAAUAUUAAUUAUAUAAAAAAGAUUCUGCAAUUAUUUCAGAUUUUUUCAGCAUUUUAUUUGCUUAUUUUUGAGCAUUGCCUCAUUUUUAUUAUAUUUUAUUUGGGUAUUUUAUAAAGAAAUUUCAUGUUUGGUAAAAUUGUAAUUUAUUAAUUUGGUACAAUUUUAUCUUUUAAUACAAUUUUUAUAUUUUCGAUUUUAGACAAUGAAAUAAAAAUAAUGUGAAUUAAUGUUCCUUAAUACUUUUUUUAUAGGGAUAUAUAUAUUGAGAAAAAGAUCAAAUGAUUAUAUAUCUUGUUAUUUACAUAAUACUAACACAUAUAAUAAAAAUCAUAGUUUAUUGUGGGUGUACAUUAAUGCUGCACAUUUGUGCAUUUUGGCACUUUUGUUAUAUAUUAAUAUUUAAUAUUUUAUAUCAGUCUUUGUACAUUUCUUAUAUGUUUAAAGUUGCUAUUGCCAUCUAAAGUUAUUAUGGAAAAGUAAAUAUAUAUUAAAUAAUUUCUGAUGUAUAGUGUAUCCUAUUCAUUCAAGUAAUUUAUAAGAUAAAAAUAAUUAAAAAUAAAAAAUAAUAUUAGUUGUGCAUAUAUAUGUAACUAUAAAAUUGUAAAAAUGAAAUAAAUGAAUAUUAAUAAUAAAUAGAAAUGAGUUUUGUUUCGUUAUUAAAAAAUUGUUGGUUUAGCAAUUACGACUGAACAUUGUAAUGUUGACGAAAAUAUAUUUUCUUUUCUAAUAUUUUUUAACAGUUAAAGGAGACGAAAAAAUAUUGA